UGACAGAGGCGUUAAGCUUUGUGUUAACGUUUGCUGUAUUUUUGUCAUGGCUGUAAUACAGAGUCUUGCUUUUAUACUUUUAGCUUCUAUUUGCGCCAGUGAUGCGAAGCUGCGCUUUGCCUCUUACUAUGGAGACCACAUGGUGCUGCAGAAGGCUCCAGAGAGAGCUGUGCUGUGGGGCUACGGCCCUGAGGGUGCACAGGUGACCCUUUACUUGAAAGGACAAGUGGAUCAGAAAACCUCACCGGUCACUGUUACAAAAGGUAUCUGGAAAAUCACCCUUGACCCUGUUGAAGCUGGCGGUCCAUACACUGUGAUAGCAGUCGCUGAGAAUGAUUCAGCCGUCCUGACAGAUGUGCUGUUUGGAGAUGUUUGGCUGUGUGGAGGGCAGAGCAACAUGUCGUUUGAAAUGUAUAAGAUUUUCAAUGCAUUAGAGGAGCUGAAAAUUGCAGAGAAGUAUCCUCAUGUGAGGACUUUUAUGGCGUCCAUGAAAACCAGUGAAACUGAGCUGAUUGAUUUGAUUCAAGUAGAACUUCCCUGGUCUGUGCCGCCAGCAACUCUGGCACAGUUCUCUGCAGUCUGCUGGCUAUUUGGACGUAACUUGUUUGACAAGCUGCAGUACCCCAUAGGACUGGUGGAGUCCUGUUGGGGAGGCACACGUGUUGAAAUCUGGUCAUCUUCAAGAGCACUGCAGAAGUGUGGAAUACUAGAGGAAGCUAACAGCAGACAUUCAAGUUUACCGGCUGGUCUCUGUGGAUUUAUUGGAUGUGGACACGGGGAAGAGUGGUACGAGCGUCAAACUGAGGCUCCACCUCCAAUUCCGUUAAAGAAUUCAGUCCUGUGGAAUUCAAUGAUCCAUCCGCUGCUCAACAUGACCAUUAAAGGAGCCAUCUGGUACCAAGGGGAGGCAAAUACUAUCUAUCAACAAGACAAGUACAACUGUUCCUUCCCUGCUAUGAUUGGUGACUGGAGGAUGGCGUUUCACCAGGGCUCAGGCGGGGAGACAGCUCCCGACUUCCCCUUUGGGUUUGUUCAGCUGUCCACCAACCGGACAGGAUCCAAAAAUGACUCCUUUCCAGAGAUACGCUGGCACCAGACGGCCGACGUUGGCUAUGUUCCCAAUGCCCGGAUGCCGAAGACCUUCAUGGCCGUGGCUUUGGAUUUACCAGAUAAAAACUCACCCUAUGGCAGGAUCCAUCCCCGAGACAAGCAGGAUGUAGCCUACAGACUGUCGUUGGCAGCAAGGGCAGUGGCUUAUAAUGAGGUCGUAUCCUACCAGGGACCUUUCCCCACCCAAGUCAUGGCCACUCAAACAGAUAUCAACAUUACCUACGACCAGAAAGUGUCCGUUACUUCGUCUAAGGACAUCUUUGAGAUCUGCUGCACAGAGAAUCAGGCUCCAUGUGGGAACUCCUCCUGGAUUCCAGCUCCCAUCAUGCAGUGGGACGCGACCACUGUCACGGUAUCUACCAGCCUGUGUCCACCUACUGAUCAAGUAGUUGCCCUCAGAUAUGCAUGGAGCGACUGGCCCUGCGACUUUAAAGCCUGUCCAAUCUACAGCGCUGAUGGCAUUUUACCUGCGCCUCCAUUUAUUGUCAGCCGCCCUCAGCCAAAGAGGCAACUCAAGAUUGUAAGAAGAAAAAGUGAUUAAAAAUGUGCCUUUUUUUCCUUUUGGUCAAAGCGAGCUUGUUUUUGGUAGAAAUUAAGGCACUUAAAGGGCAUUUUCG